AUGGGCAAUAGCACUGUAUCGAUGGUAAUCUGGAUGGAACAAUCACUUCAUGAACCCAUGUACUUCUUUCUUUUCACGCUCACAGUCAGUGACCUGGGACUCUGUGCCACCACUUUACUUACAAUACUUAAGCUUUUCUGGUUCAAUGCUCGUGAAAUUCACUUUGAUGCCUGCCUUGCCCAGAUGUACUUUAUCCAUGUCUUCUCCAUGAUGGAGUCAGGAAUCCUAGUGUCCAUGGCUUUUGACCGCUAUGUUGCCAUCUCCAAUCCUCUCAGAUAUACUGCCAUUCUGAAUAAUUCUACCAUUCUGAAAAUUUUUGUAGGGUUUGCAUUAAGGGCCAUCAUUAUUAUCAUUCCAUUUCCUUUCCUCAUUAAGCGACUGAAAUUUUGUGAGGCCAAUGUACUUUCCCAUUCCUACUGUCUACACCCAGAUAUCAUUAAGCUUUCUUGCUCUGAUCAUCGCAUUAACAGCUUCUUAGGACUCAUUGGCAUUGUCCUAACAUUUGGAUUGGAUUCUGUGCUCAUCCUGCUUUCUUAUGUGAAGAUCCUUGCGGCAGUUCUGGGCAUUGCCUCCCAGGAAGAAAGAGUCAAGGCCCUUAACACCUGUGUUUCCCACAUCUGUGCUGUGCUGCUGGUCUAUGUCCCAAUGUUGGGAGUGUCCGUCAUUCACCGCUUUGGGAAGCACGUCCCCGUGGUUCAUGUCAUCAUGGCCUAUGUCUACUUGUUAGUGCCUCCUGUACUCAACCCAGUUGUCUAUUGCAUCAAGACCCACGAGAUUCGCGUUCGCCUUCUGCGUAUUUUCAAGAAAAUAAAUACAAAUCGAUGA